AUGAUUUUUCCAAGAUUUUGUACGAAUCUAAAAGGUAUGGAAUUGGAAACCCUCUACCCCCCCUGUUUUAUGCCAAAUUCAAAUUGGUUUGUGGAAGAGAGCCACAGCACAGAAUGGACUAGAGAGGAUAACAAGAAGUUUGAAAGUGCCCUUGCUAUAUAUGACAAGGACACCCCAGAUAGAUGGUUCAAGGUGGCAGCCAUGAUCCCUGGGAAGACUGUGCUCGAUGUGAUCAAGCAGUAUAGGGAAUUGGAAGAAGAUGUGAGUGAAAUUGAAGCAGGGCGUGUUCCAAUUCCUGGUUAUCUUGCCUCUUCUUUCACCUUUGAGCUGGUUGACAACCACAACUAUGAUGGAUGCAGAAGAAGGCCUGCACCUAUCAGAGGUUCUGAUCAAGAGAGAAAGAAAGGAGUCCCCUGGACUGAAGAGGAACACAGACGUUUUCUGCUGGGACUUCUGAAGUAUGGUAAAGGGGACUGGAGAAAUAUCUCUCGCAAUUUUGUGGUCACAAAGACCCCCACCCAAGUUGCUAGCCAUGCACAGAAGUACUACAUAAGGCAAAAGGUUUCUGGAGGGAAAGAUAAAAGGAGACCUAGCAUCCAUGAUAUAACUACUGUUAACCUUACAGAAACUGCUGCAUCAGAUAAGAACAAGUCUCCGUUAUUUAACGUGUCUCCCAUGAUUACACCUCAACAGAAACUGAAUAGCAUGUCAAAAGUACAGCUGGACUGGACUAGCCACUACAAUGAUGGAUCACUCAUGGUUUUCAACCCAAAUUGUGAUGACUUGUUUGUGUCGUCUUCAUCUGAUAUCACUUCCAUGGCCCUGAAAAUGCAAGGGCAGGAUCUCUAUGACUGUGCUUUACAUGAGGCUUAUGCCAAGGUAAAAGCUCCAGGUUUCAGCAUGGCUCCUAGAGACUUCAAUAAUGAAGCUGUUUUUGGUAUUCAUGCACUGUAG